CAUGCUUACUCUUGCGAUAUUAAAUCAUCUGUAAUACUUCGUAAUAAUACAUCACCAGCAGUUUACAGAGGCUUGAAGUUCUGCUACUCGAAUCCAGGUCGUACUCUCAUCUCCUGGACUGCUGCGGUGAUUACUCACGUCAGCAACUACCCUAUUUCUGCAUUUACUGUGGCAUACAAUAUCUCGUGAACAACCGUGACGCAUUCUCAGCAUGGCCAUCGAGACUCCCUUGGUUCAAAGGCCUUUUUCCUGUUUGGUUCACCUCUCUGGAAUUCCACUGGAUAUAAUCCUCCAACAUCUCGAUCUUACAUCCUUCGUCAACUUACGUCUUACCUCACGCCAGCUAUCCACUAACACCAUCCGCUCUCGUUUCUUCAGGUCGGCCAAGACCGAUCUAUCAUUGAAAAGCCUGCGCUCUCUCCAAGAUAGAGUUUCUCACCCUCAGCUGGGGCAUCUGCUCAGAGAGCUGACUAUUGUUGCAACGCUAUUUGAUUCUCAACCAGCCGAAGCCACUGUGCAAACUAGAAAGAAAUGGUCUGGAUUUAACAGGGACGAUUUGUGGCGUGACACAGAGAAUUAUCGGCAACGUGUUGAAAAUCUGCGCGAGAGAAACCUGGAUUGUACCAACGAGGAAGUUCAAGAGGCGAAGGAAGAUCUUGAUUGGGUACAGACAAGAAUCCAACAAGACACAAACACAGGAGUCAGUCAAGUCAUUGACUUACUGUCCGGUAUUUUUGGAACUGCUCCCAAUCUUCGAAUCAUCGACCUAGAUGCCUGUAUUAUCGCAGAUCGUACCACUAAUUGUCGCCCUGCUAAACAUUAUAAAUGGUAUCGAUCCGCUCACCAGGACUCAAGCUGGCCCUCAAUCUGGACCGCAGCAUCGCAAACCUUCCGCAUCGUCACCUCAGCCAUCUCCCGCAGCAGAAUUGAGCUUGAAAAGUUCCAGAUCUUCCCCCACACGCCGCUAUGCAGUGUGCAGCUCAGACAUGUUGAAGAUCAUUUGAGAACACUGGACUCGGAUGGUUUCGCAACUGCUUGCAAAAACAUCAAGUCUUUUGGGCUGAGCUUCUCAACGCGUAUGCUCAUCGAAGGAGCACCGCCUGGCCAGGGAGAGUGUCUUUUUCGUCAUGCUUUCGCAGCGAAGCGUUCAUACAGGCUUAAUCAACAUCUUGAGUCUGACGCAGAAGAUUUCACUGGCGCAGCAACAAUUCUCAAAUACAUGCCCAAUAUCACGUCAUUGGAUCUUCAUCUUCACCAUCUAGAUCAUCUUGUUCUUCCAAAAUACACCAAAGUUUUCUCUCAUAUUAGCCAGAACAUCAAACUUAGUCAUCUAAGAGAGCUUUCUCUGCGCGGUCUUCCUCUACGACCAGAUGACCUUAUCGUCUUCUUAAAAAACCAUCCUACUAUUGCAAAGCUGUUUCUUGAUGGCAUACUCCUAGUGGGUGGAUCAUGGUCACCUGUCUUUUCAUGCAUCGAGGCUAUGCCUGCCUUGGACAGUCUUCGGCUCAGCUCCCUUAGCACGGAACAUCACCAUAUAACGAAUCUCGAUCCAGUAGAGCGUACUUUUGAAGUCGACCUGCAAGAUAGAGAGAAAUGGGUUACUUGCGGUGACGGACAUAUCCUGUAUUCACGGGAUAUGUACAAAGAGGAGAUUAGACAAGGUCUUAAUUUUAGACCUCAGCCCGGACCUCGUAAUAUCUGGAAGGAUGAUACGUUGGCGUACUAUGACCGUAUUCAGUAUGAGUUUGGGCCUCCUUCGCUUAUAUGGGAAUGGGAACCAUUGACUGAGAAUAUGUAGAUGCGUUGUUGAUUCAUUAUGGCGGGGCCAAUAGAAACCCAUUCAGGUGGGAAAGACUUACCCUAAAUAGAAACUGCAAUGAUAUAUUACUUGAGUAGGACUGGGAGUAAGUUAUAUAAAAGGAAUGGUGAUGAGCUUAAAAUCGUGAGAUAAUUAUUACCUUGAGUAAAAAUGUUCUCUGGAAUUGCUACGAAGUGAGGCGUUGAAGUGAAGUCAUGAUCAGCGCCUGUUGAACUGUCAUUAGACAUUUUAAGGAUGAAAUGCCGAACCUGCUUUGAGACCGCGAUGUAAUUAAUGCUUUCUCAUCGGCGAAGCCUGAAAGAUACAAAGUCAUGGUAGAUUCUCAAGGGCCAAUCUAUAAUCUUGAACUUGGGUACUACUGAAGCAUC